CAUUCACCUAUCUUGGGAAGCUAAAGUUGCAGGUCCAGUGCAAUACAGAUGGAUGUAUCCAGUUGAGAGGUAUUUGCGCAAGCUUAAGAAUUAUGUUCGUAAUAAGGCACACGCAGAAGGGUCUAUUGCAGAAAAGUAUUUAGCAGAUGAAUGUCUAACAUUUUGUUCUCGCUAUUUACAUGGAAUAGAAACCAAAUUUAAUCGGGUAGAGCGAAAUUAUGAUGGAGGUACUUCCGCAUGUGCAAAUACCUCUCAAUUGUCCAUAUUCUCAACACCUGGACGACAUUUAGGGAAAGCAAUAAGGUGUGAGUUGAAUGAUGAUCUUCACAAUGCAGCAACAUUUUAUGUUCUUCAAAAUUGUGUCGACGCUGACCGAUUUGUUGAAGAACAUAAGAACAUCCUUACAAAUGGAGGUGUUCUUGACAUUGACAGGGUGCAUAAACAAGAAUUUAUUGCGUGGUUUGAAAAAAGAAUCACCGACUUAUAUAAUACAACGCAAGUUGAUAGUCAUAUGCUUUCAUUAGCUCGGGGUCCUGAGAAAAGGGUUGUUUUUUAUCGUGGUUACAAUGUUAACGGGUUUAGAUUUCAUACAAAUCAAUGUGAUGAAAGUAAAAGAACACAAAAUAAUGGAGUUAUGGUGAGAGGGGAGGAUCAAAGUUGCAAUGUGCCUUAUUAUGGACAACUAACAGACAUUGUUGAACUUCAAUAUACUGAAGGGAACAAAGUUGUGUUGUUUAAAUGUGAUUGGUAUGAUGUAUCUCGGGAAGGAAUUGGUUAUAAGAGAGAUCGGCACGGAACCACUAUUGUUAAUACAUCACGAAAGUUGAAAACCGUAGAGCCAUUUGUAUUAGCAAGUCAAGCAACUCAAGUUUACUAUGUUAAUGGAAUAAAAGAUCCCACAUGGAAUGUUGUGAUUGAAACCAAACCACGAAACCUUUAUGAAAUGCCAUCAGAUGAAGAAGAGCCAUACCAAGAAGAAGACAAUUUACAUUGUAAUGCAAAUGUGCUGCAAGAAGAAAAUGAGGAUGAUGAUAUAGAUUGGAGAAGGAAUGGUGUUGAGAAUAUGAUAAUCGAGUGAUUUCAAAGGCUUACAGGCUCAACUCCAUCACCGUAUUUGGCUUCAUCUAGAUUAGUUAUCCAUGUGCAUAAUACUAAGGAUGCUUAUUGAAAUAGAAAUUUAGUCACAGACAAGGUCAUUUGCUCAGUUAUCCCAUUCAUAUCACUAAAAAAGGAGAGGUUAAAGUGCUACCUGAGACAGAAUUCUCCCCAGACACAAAGGCUAAAGUUCUUGGAUCCAAGUCUAAAUUACUGCCUCCAAUUCUCACCACUUAAUUGCCUUGCAUUGAUUUUAAAACUGAUUUUUUUUUUGUUUAUAUUAUUUCCCAGUACUGAGUGAUUGGCAUUCACUAAUUGCUAUGUGUUGUGGAUAUGUAAAUUACAUUUUCUCUGCAGUCUAGUUCAUGCAA